AGUUCAGUUUGCAGAAUUACAAGCUGCAAACCCAUACUCAUUCCUUCCAACAAAAUGGCUUCCAGCGCCCGCAUAGCGACAGCUGGGGUCAGGCUGAUGACGUCACCACCUCCUUCCUAGAGCUAUGCCCAGUGGGCGGGUAAUUGGGCGGAGAUUCGGUGACGCCGGUGAUGACGACAUAGCGACGGGAAGGACGACGGAGAAACAGAGCUGGGAGAUAGGCGAGUGCCGGUGCGGGGGAGCGCUGACCAGACGGCUGGGGUUUAAAAGGAAGUGGAGGAGCUACGAACGGCGGCACGGAGGAGGCCAGACCAGCGGAGGCCGCAGCUUCUGUGCCCGGUAUCCUGCACCCAGGCGGGACGAGACCUGGCCUCAUCAUGGAUGAAGAGCAUCAACAUUCACAUUGUGCUUGUUGUGUCAGUCGACGUUGCAUGAUACGACCAGAGACUGGGAUUUCCUGUGAUCUGAUAGGAUGUCCACAUGUUUGCGGGGCAGUCUUUCAUUCAUGCAAAGCUGAUGAACAUCGAAUGUUGUGUCCCUUGGAAAGGGUACCUUGCUUGAACAGUGGUUUUGGAUGUCCUUUCGUCAUGACACGUAAUAAACUAGCUGAACAUUUACAAAUCUGCCCUGCAAGUGUAGUUUGCUGCACAAUGGAAUGGAAUAGGUGGCCCGUGAGCUAUGCAGAUAGAAAAUCCUAUGAAAAUUUAAGCAGAGACGUUGAUGAAGUAGAACAGCUAGAUAUGGCUCUAGCAUUGCAAGAUCAAAGAAUGCUCUUAGAGUCUCUAAAAGUGGCAACAAUGAUAUCCAAAAAUACUGAUAAACUUGAAUCUUCUGAACAAAUAUCUGUCACAACAGAAGAAGAGAGCAAGAUGGUUACCAAUGGUUUAUCCUCUGAUGAAGAUUCCUACAGUGCACUUUAUCAAGCGACAGUGGAGACCACUAAAAGUUUAGCUGCCGCUCUCGAUAUCUUAAACAAUGCCACAAAAGACAUUGCAAUGCUUAAUGGAAGACUACGAGAUGCAAGUUGUGAAAUGAACAAAAAUUUCCAGUUCUCUGAGCGCAAUAGUAGACCCGAUACCCUUAAGGAUCAGGAAUUUGAUGAUGAAGAGAGCAUUGAGGCAGCUAGUGGAACAGCGUGCAGUUCUCUGAAACAAAAGUAUCAGAAUGGUUCUAGCGAUUUCUAUCCAGGAACAAAUGGUAGUUAUGUGAUGGAAAGUGACGAUGGUAAUGGGAGCCAGGUAUCCGCUUUGUGCAAUGGUUUCCAUGAUGACUGCUCACUUGCUCCUCAGGAAAAAGAAAAGUUGUUUACUGUGGGACCGAAUGAAAAUGGUGCCGUCAUCACCUUAGAAGGUGUUGAAAAACUUGUCAGUCAGCGUCCUUCCUUACAUUGUGCUGAAGCAAUCUCAUCCCCUCCAUGUAUAAAUGGUUCUGAUGAACAAAUUUUAGAUAAAAAAGAUGAGCAAGCAUUACGAAACAUUGCCGUCUUUGGAAGACGGCCUUUCUUGGUUGAUACCUAUUGGUUCAAAGCCAGAACGGAGAAUAAAGCAGUUGACACCUCUGACUUGGAAGUUCAAGAUGACCCAAUGGGACUGAAUGGGAUCGACUUAAUCACAGCUGCUUUGCUUUUUUGUUUAGGGGAUUCGCCUGGCGGUAGAGGGAUUUCAGACAGCCGAAAUGUAGAUGGUUAUCAUGUUGACUUUGGAACACAAACCUUCUCAUUUCCGUCUGCUAUAUUAGCCACUAAUACAAUGGUCGGGGAGAUAGCCUCAGCUUCUGCUUGUGAUCAUGCCAAUCCCCAACUAUCCAAUCCUAGUCCUUUUCAGACGCUUGGUCUGGAUUUGGUUCUUGAAUGUGUUGCGAGAUACGAAACAAAACAGAGGUCAAUGUUUACAUUUGUAUGUGGACAAUUGUUUAGAAGAGAUGAGUUUUGUUCUCACUUUAAGAAUGUUCAUGGCGAUAUUCAUGCAGGCCUCAAUGGCUGGAUUGAACAAAGGUGCCCCUUAGCAUAUUAUGGAUGUACUUAUUCCCAACGUAGGUUUUGUCCUUCAACACAAGGAUCAAAAAUUAUCCAUGAUAGACACUUAAAAUCAUUUGGGGUUCAACCACAUUUACCUAAUGACAUUGAAUCUGCAAAGAGUACUUCACAAGGAUCACCUGCCGAUCAUUUUAGUAGUUUGCCUUAUGAGGUUCUACAGCACGUUGCAGGCUUUCUUGAUGGUUAUUCCUUGUGUCAACUUUCAAGAGUGUCUAGACUUACGAGAGAUGUAUGUGCCAGUUUACUACAAGCCCGUGGAAUGGUGGUUCUGCUGUGGGAGAAGAGACAGUAUCCACAAGGAAGUUCCUGGCAAAUCAAAGAAAAGGUAUGGCGGUUCAGUACUGCAUUCUGCACAGUGAAGGAGUGGAAGUUUGCAGAUAUUGUAAGCAUGGCCGACCAUUUGAAGAAAUGCAGCUUCAACACUGUAGAGAGGAGAGAAGAGGCUGUCCCUCUUCCUUGCAUGUGUGUGACCCGGGAACUGACUAAAGAUGGACGCUCUCUCCGCUCAGUCUUGAAGCCCGUCCUUUAAUAGGAGGGGAAUGGGCACUUGGCAAACACCAACACUCAAGCACCAGUUUUAUACCCUAUACGAUAUCUUUUGACACUUUGAUAUUUAACUAAGAAGCCACUCUAUCACUGUAUAUAACUGGUUUUGGAAGUGAUGUUUAUUUUUUUAUAUCUAUAUUAAAGAGGUAUAGUUUGGGUGGAAGUGGUAAGAAAUGCCUUAAAGUUUGUUGGACUUUGACAUUUUCCAGAUGUGUAAAUGACAAGAACUUUGCAUGGAUUUCCAUCAUGGUAUCCUGGCUCAUGAGCUCCGGUGUCAAGCACUUAACAAUACUAACAUGUUCCUUCAUCCUGACCAAAAACAGAAUGUACAUGGAAUUUCACGUCAGUUUAACAUUGGUCAGCCUGCAGUUACAGAACAGACAUAUAAACCUCUGAGUGUUUUUUCGGCCUGUACGUGGGAUCCCUUCCUGGUAGGGUUUUAGACUGAUAUUAUAUAGUGCCAUUAACUCUAUGGUUACCUUCAAAUAAUCAAGAUUAUGCACUUGUAUCUGGAGCAGACUCUGGGUGAGCACUUUAUCUCAAGGUCCUGAAAAUCUGAAGACUCUGCUAGGGAUCAAGUACAGCCUCUUGUCGUGCAGCGUAUAGGAGUAAAGAGGACUUUGAUCUGGUCUGUUUCCUCGGGGAAUGUUUUUCCGCUUGUUUGGUCUUCUCAUUGCACUCACUACCUUAUUUAUCUAAAGUGGAAUCCACUCCAGACUUGGGUUGUACGGCAUAGAGCACACACGCACACCUACCAUUUUAUCAUAUAGCUUCUUUUACAUUUUUAACGUUUCUGUUUUACUGAGUAAUAUUUGACUCCAGAUUUGUGAGAUGGACUUUUAGGACUUUUUUUUUUUUUUCCCUUGUUUGGUUUUACUUAUCAUCUUUGUGAGAUGACACAAAUCCUUUUUCAAUUUUUUUCUAAGCAAGUCUUCCAUAGCUGUGCUAAACUACAGUGCCUUUUAGGCAAAAAGUGCUGUUUUUGUUUCAUAGUUGGAUUUGAUAUGGGCAUAGCGCGUGUAAAGACUCCUAUAAAUAGACCGCGGACACGGGUGCAGGGAUCGGCGAUAGAAUGUAGAUAGUAUAGUAUGCACUGAAGUUGCCUGUGUGACUUCCUAGUUAGCAGUAUUGGCCAAAGGACCAGACGAUUGUGUUUCAUUUGAAAACAGUGGUUUAAGUAAAAUUUUAAUAUUAUUAAUCUUUCUUCCAGCUCCUUUACUUUCAGAGGAGCUGCUUCAUUGAAGGCUACCAUAAGUGUUUAAUACAGAUGCCUUUAUAAGUUAGAUUUGUAUGGAUCAGUAAUGUGCAUAGUUACCACCCUUUGUGUUUUUGAUUUUUCUUUUUGGUUCUCAGUUCAGUUGAUUGAUUUUCCUAUUACUUCUCUGUACACGCUUCAGACAAUUAGAAUUGCAUAAUUUUGUCUCUCUGUAGCCACAACUUAAAGGGGUUUACGAACUUAAUGGAUAAAGUAUUUGCAUGGAGAAUCAUCAGGAUGUGAUAUAGGUCUAGGCUCCCCUAGUAGUCAGUUGAAGGGUUUCACUGUGACAUGACCGCAUUGUAUACAAUCUUUUAUUUGCCUGUCUUGUCAGUGUUUCAGUGAUGAUUUGUAGCUUAGGCAGUAUGAUAUCAGGUUCCCUUUUAAUAGUGUGGAUGAUCACAUUUUUCACAUCCUGUUUGUUUCCUUUCAUGUACCUUUUAACCAUUAAUCGAUCCGACUGCAAAUCUCAUGAUUGUCCCUUCUUGGGUCUGAGUAUGGAAGCCUUGCUAAUACCUCGCUGUUAACUGUUUAUCAUUCAUUCACAGUAUCCAGAUCUGCCGAAUAGGUGGCAGUAAAUAAUUCCUAGACAUGCAUGGUGCCUAGAUGAUUACAAAUCACAUGACGCCUUCCCCCCCCCCCCCUUCUCCUAAGUUACAAUUUGAUCAGUAAGAUUUUAUUGUUAAUUAUUAUUGUGUUCGAAAUGCUUUAUUUUCCGUUAUUAAAUAUUUUGGUGUAUAAUAAAAGCUAAUAAAAAC